AUGGGACAAUCAUUAAGCAGAAUACCACUUGUCGAUCUUACAAAUUAUCAGCAAGUUUCAUCAAUGAAGCAAUUGAUAGGCUACAAGGAAUCAUGCUAUAUGCAGAGAGCUGUAAACCAAAUCGAUAUGUCCGAAAAAACGAAAUGCAUACAAAGGUUAAAUACAUUAUCACUUACACCAGAUGUUAAUCAAAAUUUAACAUUAUUCUCGUCAUUACCUUCAGAAGCGAACAAGGAAAAUUUGAGUUCAACGUCAUAUGAUGAUUAUGAUGAACAGUCAACGAUUCCUCCAAAUGAAAAAAUAUAUUUCACUGAUGAUGUUACCAAUUUACAAGAAUGUACUUUUCAUUCAUGUGACAUAGUUGGUUCAACUUCUUCAACAGUUACUGAACUGUCUUUACUUGAACAACCAUUUGAUCAAGGAAGGUUUUUUUUAACUAGUACUGAAUCGUCAACAUCUGUCGAAAAAUCUGAUAAAAUCUUUGAUCAUAGUAAAAUGGAUUUGAAGAAUUCAUACGACAAGAACACCGAGAAUGAUACUGAUGCUAUUUAUUUACCGAAUAAUCAUGAUUCAUUCGCUUGCAUUGAUCUAGAAAGUCAAGAGUUAUCAUCAUGUACUCAUUCUAAUUCUACUCCACCAAUACAUGAUUUAUCUUUUAUUCCAUCAUCACAAAAUGAAUUACCAUGUAUUUCGUUGUCAAUAUCCAAAUCACCAUCUUCUUCAUUAGCAUCAAUUGAAGACUGUCGACAAGACAAUCUAUGUGAAAUGAAGAUUCAACAAUCAACAGCUAAGAAGAAACUUAAUUUUGACGAUUUUAUUGAAAGCAGAUAUACGCAGAGUUUUUCAUCAGGAAGCAGCGAAAAUAUUAAUUCAAGAACAGUUGAUAAUGAAACAUAUUUAAAUGUAUCACAUGACAACAAAUCUUGUGGUAUUGGUGAUCUUAUCGUAUUAGAAGAUGAUUUUCUUGCUUCGUCUAGUUUUAUUUAUCCACAACUAUCACCGCCCAUCAGAUCUUCUUUUAUUUCAUCAUUAUCACCAAUUCAACCAUCAUGUGAUUCACCACAGCUAACUCAGUCAAUUUCCCCUUCAACGUCAAUUGAAGAAACUCAACAAGAGGAAUCGUUACUAGUCAAAGGUGUUUUUGUUUCUUGGAAUAAUUUAUCAACCAUAACACGUUCUACAUUGACACAGUCAUCAGUAUCCGAUGAUAGUUGUACAUUUCAAACAAAUAAUAUUUACAACAAUCAGAAAAACGUAUUAAAUAAAGAAGCACAGGGAGAAAUGUUGGUUCAAAUAGUAGAAUUAUUACGAGCAUCAAUACGUGAUAAUAUGCAUUAUCUAAAGAGAGUCGACACCAAUAACGAUAAAUUACUUACUGAAUUUACAUCUGGUUUAUUUUGGGAUUGUAUUCCAACAUUAAUAAAAAAAUUUUUAGGAUUACUUACUAUGAACGAUGAUCAUUUUCGAAAGCUUCGAAAUAAUUUUGAAUAUUCAAAUAUAUUUGAUCAAGAUAUAUAUAAAUCAUGCGACAAAUCUUUAAAAAUCUCGUCCAUUGCUUAUGAUAUUAUCAACACAAGAUAUAGUUCGUAUUCGUCACCAAAACAUUUAUUACUAGGCAAUGAAAUAUAUCAUCACAUACGAUCAUCUCAUUUACUAAAUGUUAUGAACAGAUUUGGACAUACUUGUUCAUAUGAAACAAUUAUCCGUUUACAGAAUAAGAUUGCUGGUGAAGUAUCAAAUUUAUCAAUCACAGAUCUACCUUCAACAGUUCAACAGCGACAAUCUUUUGCAAUUACCGUAGCCGAUAACUUCGAUCUUAAUAUAGGUACAUUACACGGCGAAAAUAGUAUUCAUAUAUUGAAUCGGAUUAUAAUACAAACAUCAACAAAUGAUGAACUUGAAUAUGAUGUUAAAGAAUGUCUGAAUGGUUUAUGUGUUGAUGUGGAGAUCGAUGUUAAUAAUAACAAUAAUAAUAUAGCUAAUAAUCUAUUAUUAAAUUCGCAUACAGUAUGUUCAACAAUGAUCGCAACUACUAGUUCAACGAAGAAAAACAAACAUUAUGUGCCAUAUAAAGAUAAUUCUUAUUAUGAAAUUUUAUUGGCAUAUGCAUUGAUGAAACACACAUUUAAUAGCAGUUCGAGUUUUAAGAAAAUUGCUGUUAACAAAAUACAAACAGAUUUACCAUUAUUAUCCGGUUUUUUUUCAACAUAUCUACCAAAUACACAUCGUCCUAUAUCGAAAAUAACAUUUCUUCCACCUAUCAAUGAGAAUCCAAGUACUUUAGCAGCAUCACAAUCGUGUCUGAAAUCGAUAAAGGCAUCAUUGAUCGACUCAAAUUAUCAGAAAGAAACAGUGCUUGUUGUGGAUGAAAAAAUUUACAGUAUUUGUAUGAAAGCAAAACGAUUGAAUGAAAAGGAUCAUGAAUCCAUAUUUCUUUAUGCUGGUGACUUUCAUAUAAUGAAGAAUUAUAUGAUAGUUAUAUGGGAUGUCCUAAAUGGAUCCGGUAUUGAAGAUGUACUUGCUCAUAUUUACAAAGCAGCAGCACAUCGAUCUAUUCUUAAUGUUCAUAAUUUCAACUAUUCUCUUCGCUGUUGUAAAUUACUUUAUACAAGCUUAUCAACACUGUUUCUCGAUUCAUUUAUUGAAAGUUUAUCUUCUAUGUCAUCAACAUCAACAAUCGAUAUUCAAAAAUUAAAAGAAAGUUUAGAAUGUAUACCGUCAGAUUAUGUUUUAAAUGAAACGAAACAAGAAUGGUUUUCCAGCUUUGUAAAGGAAAUAAAUAAUUCAAAGUUUUGCCAUUUCAUUGAUCAAUGGGCAAUUGAACAGUGUCAACAUAAUGAAGGAUUUCGAUUUUGGUAUUUUAUUUAUCGUCAAUUACUUGAACCAUUAAUAUUAUUGUACAUUUCUAUUAGAUUAUCUAACUUUAAUGGAAGAAAUGCUGCUUUAUCUUCUAUGGCACCAAUUUUUUUUGCUACAAACCAUAGAAACUAUGCAAGACUUUCCGUGCAGCAUUUACUUGAUCUUCAAUCUUGUUCAUCUUAUUUAUAUGAAAGAUUAGAACGGUCUUUUGUCGUCAGCCGUACGAAUCGUCCUUUCUCAUGUAUUGCUUUGGAUCAAGCAAUAGAAUGUUCAAUUAACAAAUAUGGUAAAGGCCAAGGAGGUAUUUCAGGGAAAAUGUGCCAGGAAACAAUUGAAACGUGGUGCAAGUCAUUUGCAUUUAGAUCAAUGCUAUCUGCGAUUACAAAUGAAAUAUGUGGUAUCGAACGGACAAAUAAUACAAUAGAUGCACAUAUCGAAUGUACUCCUACUCGAAUGACACAAGACACUAAUGAUCUAUCAAUUAUAACCAACUUCCUGUAUGGCGAGCAUAUAUUUAAACCAGAUUAUACAAAUGUAAGAAAAAUUUUUAAUGGAAAAAUUAUUCACGAAGAUAUAAUUGAAAAUAUUGUGACAAUGUAUGGGCGUGGUUCUCAAAGAAUGUAUGACUUUAUACAGGAACGUUAUAUAGAUUCUUCAUUGAAAAUUGAUGAUCGUUUAUCAGCAAUGUUUCGAUUGAAAUUAUCUGAACCAUAUGUAUCAAAUGAUGAACAUCAAAAAAAAAAGAAAAAACAGAAUAAUGAUAUAAUUACUAAUGUAAUAAAAAAAGCUGAUAAUGUUAUAAGAGAUAUUGUUUGCUUAUCAAAUUUUCGAAAACUGGAUAUGAAUUCAUUGUUUGCACAUGAAUUUUCGCCUUCACCACUAUCAUUAUGUGAUAAUUUCUCAACUUGCUUUUCAACAAAUAAUCCAACAAAACAAGGUAAUAAAUGGGCAUUGAUAGUUGAUGGUGGUCCACUUUUAGAAACUAAACCGUUAAAACCAAAUGGCACCGUUAUGGAUUAUGCUAAACAAUUAUUAUUAAAUAAUAUUAUUCCAGAAUUUCAAAUAUUCGAUCGAUUGGAUAUAGUUUUUGAUUCUGAUCGAAGUAAAACAAUAAAAUCAUUUACUAAACGUCAUGCUUCUGAUAAAAAGAUAUAUCAGCAAUAUGAUUUGAAACAAAAUGAUGUUUUAGAGUCUUCAAAAUUUUAUGAAUUUGUACAUAGUAACAGGGCAAAACUGGCAAGUGCUAUUCGCUCUUGUUGGUCACAAAACGAAUUAACGAAUUUGUUACCCGUUAAUAAACAUUUGAUUAUAGCUGGUCCACAACAAGAUACAAUUAAAUUGAUUAAUAAGAAUCAUUCACAAUCACUAUCAUCAUAUGAAAUAUUACAUCUUUUAGAAUCCGAUCAUAUCGAAGCUGAUACUCGUAUAUUUUUACAUGUAUAUGAUGUUCAGAUGGAUAAUGACAAUGGAAAAUUUGAUGGUAUUAUUGUACAAUCAAUUGAUACCGAUGUUUUUAUUUUAUCAGUCGCACAUAUAAAAUUAAUUAUGUUGUCUAAUUAUUUUAUUAGAAAAUAUAAUACAUCUACGAAAUCAACAACAUUUAUCAAUAUAAAAAGAAUUGGUGAACUAUUACCAGUUAAAUGGAAUGUUAUUGAACCAACUAUAUUCUUACCAUUGCAUGCUAUAUCCGGAUGUGAUUCAACAUCAUUCACCAGAAACAUUACAAAAACGAAUUAUUUUAAUACUUAUUUAUCAAAUCCAAAUCAAUUUCGACAUUUAAUAGAAUUCGGUAAUGAUGCAACAAUUACAGCUGUACCAUUAAAAGCUGCCGAAGAUAUUCUUGUUUCAUGUUAUAAACAAUCGAGAGGUUACAAAUCAUCAUUGGCACAAAGAACCUCAUCAUCAUCAUCAACAUCAACAACAACAACAACACAGAUUACAUCAUUAAACUUUUUACGACAAUAUUUAGCUACGAAAUUUUCUAAAAACCAAACAGGAAAUAUUUGUACAAAGCUUCCGCCAACGUCAGAUGCUUUUCAUCUACAUUGCCAACGUGCAUGGAAACAGGUGUUCAUCUGGAAAAAAGCUUUUGAACCAUUUGAUUUAAUUAAUUGUUAUCCAAUUCAAGAUUAUGGCUACGAUAUAACAUACGACAACGAAUUAAUUAUUCGGUGGAUUAGGAACUCUGAAAUGCCGAAUGAUUUAUCUUUGAGUCGUUGUGUGAAAUGUACUACCGGUUGUGAACGAUGUAAAUGUUUUGUUAAUAACUUACCAUGUACUCCUUUGUGUGGAUGUUCAAUUGAUGAAUGCACCAAUCGCACAACUAUUCAAAUAGAAAAAAAAUCAACACAAAGAACAACACUAAGACAAUCAUUUUUGUUUAAGAAAACACGUACAUUUGAUGAUACAUAUGAUGAUUCAAAUGAUGAUAUUAAUGACGAUGACAAUAAUGAUGAUGUGGUUAAAUCAAUAUAUAGUGAUUAUGGUGAUGAUGAUGAUGAUGACGAUGAAGUUCAAUGUGAUAUAUUCUAUUCAACUACAACAACAGCUACAAAACCAGUAAAAAGAAAAUCAAAUUCGAAGAUUAAUACACCUUCAAGUACACCAAAUCAGAUUAUUAUCCGUAAAAAAAAAUUCUGA